UCAGCUUCCCUGCUGAGGAAGUCGGAAGUUGUGCCCCGCGCUGCUCUGUGAGAUCCUUUGUGGGUAGAGCACUCGGCACCCGCGCCAUGGUGUGCAGGGGGAUUCUGUGCCCAGACGGGAAGGAGUGGCCGACCAUGAAUGCGGUGACCUAUGGUGAUGUGCAUGUGGACUUCACUUGGGAGGAGUGGGCUUUGCUGGAUCCUUCCCAGAAGAAUCUCUACAAUGAUGUGAUGCUGGAGACCUAUAGGAACCUCACAGAUAUAGGCUACAGUUGGGAAGACUAUAAUAUAGAAGAACAUUGUCAACGUUUUGGAAGACAUGGAAGAUACAGAAAUCGUCAUUCUAGAGAGAAUCUCUGUGAAUAUAUUCAAUGUACUAAAGCCUUCUCACAUCACAGUCAUUUUCAGAGGCAUGGAAGAUUUCAUACUGGCGAGAAACCCUAUGAAGCGGUUACACACAACAGUAGUCUUGAAUUACAUAAAGUAACACAUGCUGGAGAGAAAACCUUUGAAUGUAAACAAUGUGUUAAAGCCUUUGCAUGUGCCAGUGGUCUCCGAAGACAUGAAAGAACACAUACUGGAGAGAAACCUUACAGAUGUAAUCAAUGUGAUAAAUAUUUUUCACAACACAGUCAUCUCCAAAGACAUAAAAGAACACAUACUGGAGAAAAACCCUAUGAAUGUAAUCAAUGUGAUAAAGCCUUUUCACAACACAGUACUCUCCGGAUACAUAAAAGAACACAUUCUGGAGAGAAACCCUACAAAUGUAAUCAGUGUGAUAAAGCCUUUACACGACACAGUCGUCUCCAAAUACAUAAAAGAACACAUUCUGGAGAGAAACCCUAUGAAUGUAAUCAAUGUAGUAAAGCCUUUGCAUGUGCUGGUAAUCUCCAAAGGCAUAAAGGAACUCAUACUGAAAAAAAGCCCUACAAAUGUAAUCUGUGUGAUAAAGCCUUUUCACGACACAGUCAUCUCCAAAUACAUAAAAGAACACAUACUGGAGAGAAACCCCACAAAUGUAAUCAAUGUAAUAAAGCCUUUUCACGACACAGUCAUCUCCAAAUACAUAAAAGAACGCAUACUGGAGAGAAACCCUACAAAUGUAAUCAAUGUGAAAAAGCCUUUUCACAACACCAUAGUCUUCAAAUGCAUGGAAGAACACAUACUGGAGAGAAACCCAAUAAAUGUAGCAAUGUGGUAAAGCCUUUGAUUUUCCCAGUAAUCUCCAUAUACAUAAAGGAACACAUACUGGAGAGAAACCCUGUGAAUGUAAGUAAUGUGGCAAAGCCUAUACAUGCAUAUGGAGUCCUUGAAAUAAUGAGAAAAAAAAUCAUCAUGCAGAGAAACUCUAUAAAUGUAGUUUAAAGUUUUGCACUUCAUGGUAGAGUUCAUACAAGAGUUAAAGUUUCAGUGUUAACUGGUCUCUUAAAGUCUUUUCAUAUUAUGGUCAUCUUUGAGGACCUGAAAAAGCUAAUACUGAAGGAAAUUGGAGUAUGUGGAUCAUGGGAAAGGGCAGAAGGUGAGGGGGGAGGAGUGGAAGUGUGUGGAAAAAAUAAAAACAAUAAAAAAAUUAAAUUGUCCUUACAUUGCACACAAACAGCCUGGCACAAAUAAAAGCACACAUAGUUCAAACAUUUUUUUUUGAAAAGUUAAAAAUUCCUUAAUUUUUUAUUCCUGGUACCACUACCACAAUUUACAGGGCAAUAUACACGAUGUAAUGAAAAGAAAAAGAAAGACAAAGCUACAACAGAUAAAAGACCUCAGGAAUGUACGUCUAAUUGACACUACAUUGCAUUAAUCAAUAGCUGCACUUUUUGCAAACUGUGGCUCUGACAGUCCUGAACAAGAAGGGCCUCCUGUUUAAGCUGCAGUAACUUCUCUGACUAUGGAUUAUCGCUCCUUCUGUGGCAGAUUCUUACAGUUCCUCUAAUGCAUUUAGGACGACUGUCUCAAAGUAACCUGCAGCUUUCCUGACAACUCCUCACUCUCUCUCCUGCUAAGAACUGUAGCCCUUUUCUGCUGUUUUUUUAAAAGCUUCUGCUACCAUAUCCACCACUUCCACCACCUGAUCCAUAGCCACCACCAUAGGGACUGCCUGAGCUUCUUCCACCAAAACUGCCCCCUUUCAUGGGUCCAUAAUUUGAUUGCUGUUGUCCACUAUAAUUUCCAAAGUCAUUAUAGUUCCCACCACCAUAGUUACCUCCACCAAAAUUUCCUCCUUCAUUGUAACCGUCAUAUCCUCCUCCCCCACCACCAUAUCCACCACCCUGGUUUCCAUAGCCUGGCCCACCACCACCAUAGCCUCCUCUACUGCUGUAGCCAGGACCACCACCGUAGUUGCCACCAUCCCCUCCAAAUCCAUUAUAUCCACCAUCACUACCUCCAUAACUACCUCUGCUGCCACCACCUCCACCACCAUAGCCUCCUCUUCCACCAAAGUUUCCACCACGACCAAAAUUACCUCCACCACCUCCAAAGUUUCCUCCACGACCCAUAAAAUUGCCAGAUCCACCUCCAUGGCCUCUCUGUGAUUCAGCAGACUGCAUCUCUUGUUUAGAAAGGGCCUUUUCCACUUCACAAUUAUGCCCAUUAAUAGUGUGGUAUUUCUGAACAACAAUUUU